GGGUUUCUGCCCCCGCCCUUCCUCUCCAUUCCUCCCAAAACCCUCCCAAAACCCUAAUCCUAAUUCCCUCCAUGACGACUCGCUUCAAGAAGAACCGGAAGAAGCGCGGCCACGUCAGCGCCGGCCAUGGUCGUAUCGGAAAGCACCGCAAGCAUCCAGGCGGCCGUGGAAACGCUGGUGGCAUGCACCACCAUCGGAUCCUCUUUGACAAGUACCAUCCGGGGUAUUUUGGGAAAGUUGGGAUGCGGUACUUCCACAAGCUCCGGAACAAAUUCUACCGUCCGAUAUUGAAUAUCGACCGCCUAUGGUCCCUAAUACCUGAAGACGUCAAGGAGAAGGCGAAAUCUGCACCAUCGGAUCAAGUCCCUGUGAUCGAUCUCACGCAGUUUGGGUAUUUCAAGCUCCUCGGUAAGGGGAUGCUACCGGAGGGGCGGCCUGUCGUCGUGAAAGCGAAUCUAGUGUCGAAGACCGCGGAGAAGAAGAUCAAGGAGGCUGGCGGGGCUGUCAUGCUCACCGCCUGAUCUGUGGGGCCCAGUCGAUGAAUUGAAGGUAAGGAUCUGAUGGCACAGAUGAAUGAAACCUCUCUAAAUUCUUUGAAUAGGUUGGCACAAUCAAGGUGGAAAGAAAGUCUGCUCAUAGUGUAGAAAUCCUUCUCGAACUGAAUGAACGCCUGGGCCUCGCCAACAUGGUCACCGUCCUUUGCAAGGCUCGAGUCAUCAAAGGAAAGAUUCUAAGUGUUCAACCAAUCAUAUACCAGCAACCGCAGGUGUGUCACCAGCAUUGAUCCGAUAGGAUGAGUUUGUGUCAACAAUGGGCUGAUAAACUCUAAGAGAUGACUAAUGAUUUUCAGUCUUUUAGACAACAGAUGGUCACUGGCUUUGGUGCUAAUACAUAUAGUGGCAUUCUGCACUA